GUCAUUCGAUUUUGAACCUUGCAUGUGUGACGUCUAAGUUGAAAUCCCAACUGUUUAUUAUUUCGAAAUUAUAUAGAUAUAUAGAGAAGUCGGAUGCCCUAGAAGUCUUGGCUUAAUCAAUAACCGGAAUUUACUUGCAUUUUCGUCUCACUUCAUAGUAUUACACAACCAUGGCUCAAAAUACUCGCCGUAUUUCGGAUGACGCUCAAGGAACAGAGGAGCAUAUCUGUCAAUGCGGACACGAUAAAUAUCGCCGCCAGAGCUCCUCGCAUUCAUCGACUCGAGUAUUCGCUGGAGUAUCUAGCCCACCGGCCAUGCGUUCAGAUUCAUCGGAAAGUCAGGAGAGUGAUGUCCAAGGUGAUAGUGGAGGAGAUGCUCGUAGGCAGAUCAUCCAACUGCAACAGGAGCUGAAAGAUGCUGUCCAAAAACUCAAAGAAGUCACCAAGAUGAACAGUAGGUGGCAAAAAUACGAUAAGGAGAGGGAGGUCAUAGUUGUCAACCUCACUUCACAAUCCAAACAAGCGGAGGGCAAAGUCAGGGAGCUGACGGAGAAAAUUCGGCGUUUAGAGACGAAGCUUGCUGAUCAGCGGAACAGGAGCGAGGAGUUGGAGUUGAGGUGGACGGAUGCUCGAGUGCGGGCCGCCGAGCGAAAGUCAGAAGUGGAGAGGGUACAGCGGGAGCGUGAGGCUGUCAAGGUCACCCUGAAGCAAUCAGAGAAGAAGCGACAGGAGAUGGCUAAGAAACUGGAGGCAGCCAUGAAGCAAGGUGGAGGGUGCAGAGAGCGAGAGGAGGAGGAGGAUGAGAGGAGGAGGGAUGCCGAUAAGGACAGAGACUUGUAUCAUAUGAGCAAGAGAGUGGUAGACCUCAAAGAGAGAGUGGACAUUCUAGAAAAGCAGGCAGCCAGUCAUAAAACGGAGAUUGACCAACAAGCAGACCUCUACACUCAACAGAUUUCAAUUUGCCUUGAUGAUUUCAAACACGAGAAGAAAGACAGAGAACAAAGCCAGAAAGAGACUGCUGACCUUAAAAAACAACUGAAGAAAGCCGAGGAUUUUGCCAGCUCUCUCAAAGUUCAGAUCACGAGAUAUCAGGACCAACAAAAGCCUAGGGCUCCAAGAUACGUCAAACCAGCAACGCAACAUGUUCAGAAAUAUUAUGCCAACAUGUAUGACGAGAAUUUAGGCUCUUGGGAUGAUGCUGACUAUGCCCUCCCAAGUGACGUAGUCCGUGACCAAGCGGAGGUCGUGACCCCGGCGGGCCGACGACGCCCCCAAACAGCAUCUCUUGUGGAUCUGCCCCCUCAUUACGAUGAUCGCUCUAUAUUGGGACACGUCAUUACUUCUCCUCCGAAAACAUAUCAGAUUGGAACAAUAGCAGCGGCCCAGACGCAGAGGGUCGAGGAAUUAGUAUGUCAUUGAUCUGGAGAUCCAAUAUGAGUAAUAUUACCUUCUAUUUAUUUAUUUGUUAACAUGUAUGAACUAACUUCUCAGGGGUCACAAGUGUCGCAACCAUUUCAGGGCGUGAUAUAAAAUUUACUUUUUAGGGUAAUUUAAAAGAAAUAGUCAAUUUCGAUGGCCAUUGAAAACAUAAUGUUUUGUAGUUGAUAUCAAUAUAUGCCAACUUCAAAUGGAAUCAUACCAAUGCAGAAAAUUGAAUGUACCUAAAAAGACUUUACAAAAAUUAUGAACAGGCUUGAUCUAUAGAUUCAAAUAAAUGAAAAAGAGAUCACUUCUAUUCUUUUUCAUCAUAUUCCAAUAGUCACUUUUGAAACAACUGGGAAAAAUUUCUCAUACCGGUACACAAUCUGGGGCUGAAGUACAAAGCGAUUAUGCAUUUGAUGAAAAUAAUCACUCUCCACCUUGGUUUUAUAUAUAUAUAUCUAUUUAUGAUCUUGUUGCACAAGAUCUGUUAUACAGCAGUACUAGAAAAACUUGAAGGCAUCAUUUGUAUAUUUUUAAUCGUUUGUACACAAGCACUCAUGUGAGUAGAUUAAAAAGUUAUUUUCCUCAUGUUUGUCAAUUUUUUAAGACAUGUAGCACCUUUCCUAAAAUAUUUGGCUUUUAGUUUUCCAGUUUUCAGAAGCCAGGUUUGGUUUAAUUGUAUAUCUCCUUUGGAACAGUAUUUUUUUUUAAAACCUCCAAAAGUAAUGCCCUCUUCAAGGAAAAAGGACAAAUUACAUUAGAAAUUGAAAUGUUUUAUAUUAUGUUCUAAAAUGGAUACAUUUGUUAUUUUAUAAUAAUCUUGUUUAUUUAGAAGCUGAUAUUCCAUUGUAAUGUCGCAUUAAAAAAUGAAGAGCUUUUCCAUUUCUCAUCUCUAACCAUGAAUAUAACGCCUUUAACAAAAUAUGUUUAAACAUGAUAUAGGAAGAAUCAAAUACCUGUUAAGGAAGUUUAACAAAAAAAUAUAAAUGAUUGCUAGAUUUAAACAAGAUAUUUACCUUUUACAAUGUGUUUAAUUUAUUUAAUGGGAACUAACUUGUGUCUGUAUUUUGUAUUCAAUCGACUGACAGUCUUCCCAAUAUUGGCGAUACUAUUGUAAAAACUAAGUUUAGUUUUUAUUAAUAAAACUUACGUGCAAUAAGUUUGACACUUGAGUAUCAACACUACUACUAAUGUUUUUCAUGUCUUUUAUUGUAAGCAGUGAUGCUCAUUUCGUUUUAGUAAUAUUCGGGAAUAAGUGCAUUUCAAUCUGUUACUAGAUAGACAUGCAAAGCUCUGCUCUGUCAAUGUCUGUAUUUAAUUUUGUUUAAACUUUACAUUUACAAAAAAUUCUUACUGAUGGAUAUGUCUUUAUCACGAUCUUAUCAUUCACUGUAACAAUUGACUCUGUCUUGAUUUGUUCAGUAUUGGUAUUUGGAAAAAAUAGUUGAAAGAUACAACUGUCAUUAUCGAUGUACUCUGUCAUGUUGAAUUUACUCUUUUUAUGCUAUUUUGAAAUUGAAAUAUAUCAGGUAUUUUGUACACAUAAUUAAAUUGAGUUUGUUUUGACUUUUAAUGUUCAAUGUUUUUUACAGUUUUGAAGAAAAUGUUCUUGAUGAACGAAAAUACUUGUUGUUUGGUAUAAGUGCAUAUAUUAAUUGUUGUUUCAUAAAGUGGAAUAAGCCUUUGUCUUCCCAUUUUCUUAUGUAUUGACUGCAUAAACAUGUCCUACUACUUUGUGGAGCUUUCCAGUUUCUGCCAGGCACAUUUCUUGAAGAAAUGGGUGCUUGGAUUUUUUCAAUACUGACUUUGACCAAAUUGGUUAUUAUAAAAACACUUCACCAUGUGAACCACUUAGCAGUAAAGUACACAUGUACUUAUUUAUAAGAUGAAUUGUUGA